AGUACUUGUUUUCGUCAUGACAUCUCUUUCGGAGUCUGACGAAUUCAGCUGGUUCCUUUACUCCAUUGGCCAGAUGAAACUCCUCCUCUCGUUUACCCUGUUGGGGGCGGAAGUGAGAAAGCCUUUAUUCGUAUUGGCUUAGAUUUACAAGCGGUAGUUGUCUAUCAAAUCUAUAUAGGCGCCCUUAGCGCUCAGGAAGUACGAAACCGGAAGGGGUGGGCCAUGCGAAGAUGGCGGCACUGGAGGUGCUGGAGUCAGACCUGCCAAGUGCCGUGACACUUCUGAAAAAUCUCCAGGAGCAAGUGAUGGCUGUAACUGCACAGGUGCAAUCACUGACAAAAAAAGUUCAAGCUGGUGCCUAUCCUACAGAAAAGGGUCUCAGCUUCUUGGAAGUGAAAGACCAGCUGCUGCUCAUGUACCUUAUGGAUUUGACACACCUCAUUCUGGACAAAGCCUCAGGAGGGUCUCUUCAGGGACAUGAUGCAGUUUUGAGACUGGUGGAGAUUCGCACGGUUUUGGAAAAGCUUCGUCCCUUGGACCAAAAACUGAAAUAUCAAAUUGACAAACUGGUCAAGACUGCAGUGACAGGCAGCCUUAGUGAGAAUGACCCACUUCGUUUUAAGCCUCAUCCCAGCAAUAUGAUGAGCAAGUUGAAUUCUGAGGAUGAGGAUGAAGCAGAAGAUGGCCAGUCUGAGGUGUCAGGGAAGAAAUCUGUGAAAGGAGUGUCUAAGAAAUAUGUUCCGCCACGCUUGGUUCCAGUACAUUAUGAUGAAACAGAAGCUGAGCGGGAGAAGAAGCGUCUAGAACGAGCUAAGAGACGGGCAUUGAGCAGCUCUGUCAUUCGUGAACUUAAGGAGCAGUACUCAGAUGCUCCAGAGGAAAUCCAUGAUGCUCGGCAUCCCCAUGUUACCCGCCAGAGUCAGGAGGACCAGCACAGGAUUAACUAUGAGGAGAGCAUGAUGGUGCGUUUGAGCGUCAGUAAAAAAGAGAAAGGACGGCGAAAACGAGCAAAUGUCAUGAGCUCACAACUUCAUUCCCUUACACACUUCAGUGACAUCAGUGCUUUGACAGGAGGAACUGCUCAUCUUGAUGAGGAUCAGAAUCCUGCUAAAAAGCGGAAGAAGAUAUCUAAGAAAGGUCGGAAGAAAAAAGGUUUUCGGAGGCGGCGGUGAUUAUGGGUGUACAUAUUUGUAUAUUUUUUGUCAUCCUGAGAUACUUCUAAUAUCAUUGUAUAUAGGUUGUUUUCCCUGGAAUUUAUUGUUUGUUUUGGACAUGUGGAAAGAGCCUUACUAAUAAAAUUUAUUUUACUUAUGAAUUAAAA